AGGCUUCAUUAUUUGACUGAAAACAAAGAGGAUUUUCCUUGCUCACUCAUUCUCCUUCAAACAGAUCAGCAAAAUCUCUCCAGAGUCAUCGGCCAUAGUAGACUUAACAAGGUUCUUGGAAAACCAACUUCUGUUUUCUUAUCAUGUGGUAAGUGUAUUUUAUUGAUUUUUUUUUUCAAUUGGUACCUCGGUAAUUCUGUCUAUCUAUUGUGAGCUCAAUUUGUGAAGAACUUUUAUUGUGAAACCUGAUUGUAUCGGUGAACAACAACACAUUUUGUCACACCAGAUAAAAUGGCAGCUUUAAUUUUAUUUCAAAUUCAUGGAAUUACAUUGUUGGGUACAUGGUAGAUUUCCAGCUAAUGAAAGCCAUAAACUCAAAGAAAAUCCCUUACAGUACAGAACAAAACUUAAGGUUUUAACCAGGAGGGGUCUGCAGCAGUGGUUGGGCACUUGCCAUAAUUUGCACCACCAUCAGUCGUCAUUUCCAUGAUCUGCACUAAUUAUCAACCAUAGCUCUCAACCAAUUAGCAUAAAAAAAAUUGCUCAUUUUUGUGAAAAUAGCAUUGGAAACAUCAUGCAGAGUCUCUGGGCAUGAGCUUCAUACAUGUACUAAAAAAUUAUUUGCUGCAUUUUUAUUAGAUUUCUUUGCUGGAUGAUGUGUUUGCAUAAGUAACUCCAGACAAUUUUCUAAUCUUUUUGCACUCCAUCACAAGGUCUGUAUUAAUAAUGUUUUUUCUUCCAGUACUGAUUGAAAAGGCCAAAAGAGGACAUGGAUUUGGAAAAAAGCUCAUGGAGUUCACAGAAGCACAUGCAUCACAGUAAGUUUCUCUGAUUUUUUAACCCUUUAAACCCUAAUAUAAGGAUGCAUAUUCUGUACACUGUCUUCUUUUUGUUUUCUGUGGUACUGAUAAAGAGAAUUUGUUUCACGCCCAAGACUGUUUUCACUUGUCUAUCAUUCUAUUUUUUCUCAUGGACCAUAUAUUUAUCUACAAGUGCCACUAUAUUAGAAAACCAAUGUUGGUCGCUAGUAGUAGUAAAUUAUAAGGGAUGAUUAGAAUGACAAGUGUCAUACAGCUGAAACUUUCCAUACAGUAAUAUUAUCUUUAUCAUGGUAGCCUGCUACAGGUAUUCAGGUAGUGGAGUGAGGCGCGAAGUCAGAGAGUGAGAAAAAAACGAGGAGGGUGAGAGGGAGAGGGCUCACUGAUCACCCCCUACCUAACCCCUCUCUGUUUUUCCUGCUCACUUCCUUUUGCACCUUCCCUACAAUUUGAAUGCCUAGAACAGGUUGUCAUCAGAGCAAAAUGUGAAGAUCAUUGUGUAGAAGACAUAAUUUUGUUGAGAUAGGGGCUUUAUAAUAAUAAUUAUUAUUAAUCUUCCUGUGGAUACUUAAUUAAUCAUUUUCCUGGAGAGUAUGAAUAGCAUUUUUAAAACUUCAAAACCUAAAAAAUCCCUCAAGGCAGUUUGAUCUUAACCAGAUAAGAAGCACUUUUGAUGGAACAGAUCAAACAGAAGCUUACUAUAGAAUGAAAUAGGAGGACAUACAAUGCACCAUUAUUUGUCCCAAUAAUGCAUCCCCUUUUGUGCUAAAAAGGGCACAGUUUAACUAUUCCCUUCAAUAAACAAUGUUUAUUCCUGCAUUUGUAUUUACUUUGUAGAUUAGGUUGUACAGCCAUCUAUCUCUCCACAACCAACAAGUGUAAAUUUUAUGAACAUCUUGGUUAUCAAUUCUGUUCUCAAGUUUCUCCGGUGAAAACCAGUUCAAGUGUUUUUACUUCCUCCCAGGUGAGUCUUAGCUGGUUAAUGCAUUCUUAACAGUCUGAUCAUGCUGUGUUUAACAUUAUGUAUAAAAAUAACAGAUUCCCAUUUUUGGAUAUUUUAGGGUAUUUAAAGAAUACCCACAAAAAUCCCAAAUUUGGAAGAGUGAGACAAGUCCCAACCUGUCGUGAGGGAACUUGGUUGGGAAUUCCCUGAUUGGGACUUGUCUCACUUUGCCAAAUUUGGGAUUUUUAUGGGUUUUCUUUUAAUACCCUAAAAUAUCCAAUAAUGGGAAUCUGUUAUUUUUUCCUGUGAUAGCUCACCAACAGGCAUAAACUGUUGCAGAGUCGAGCUCAUAAAAAAAUCAGUAAUAUUGAACCUUAUUGACCAAUGUUUGUUUUUUUGAAUGAGACUAAAAUAUCUCGGAAGAUUUCAUUGUUCAAUUUGAAUCUGGAAUUUUUACUCCUAUUAAACCAGUUUCUUUUUCCAAUUGAAAGUCAUUACUAAAAUUAAAAGUAAUCUAUGAGGUGUAAGGCAAUUUGAUAAGUAACUGUCAAGAGCAGCUGAAUCCGAGGGUGGUGGUCUAAACAGUGCCCCCUGGUCUAUGAAAUCCACCCACGGACUACCCAUAUGGACUACCCUAAGAUGACCACUCUGCUGAAGUUUAGUGAUUAGGGUUAGGAAACUGAGUGAACCAAGUUUCGGGUUUGUUUUUGCGGGGGUGGAGGGAAUCAACUCAGCAUUGGGCCAUUAUUCAUAAAAUGUAUGAACUCAGUUUUCACAUAAAUAUUUAGCAAUGUUAUUAUUGAAUGAGGCUGUGUAGGAUAUGAAGAAUUCGGUAGAUCGAGGAUGGUCAACUGUAGCUGGUUAUGGUGAAUUAUAUGUGUGAAUUUAACCAAUCAGAAAUGCGGAAAUAUUUUGAAUGAAUAAUAAUAUUAUUUAUUGAACAUUGCAGCUUGCUAUAUUACAAGGCCAGUCUGAAGAACAGAAGCCAAAAAAGGAACAGGACAAGGAAAGCAACAGCGACAAUUACAAGACCAAAAACGUUAGAGAGAAAAACAAUCACCUCCUUGAUGAUUAUCAGAGUAGACAAAAAAUAAGUAAUCCUUGCCACUGUGGAAUAAACUCUAUUGUUAAUCACUCAAAUAAACACCAGAACAUUUGUCAUGAUGAUGGCAUAUCAUUAUCAUCAGCACUGCUGGAAGAAACAGUCUGUCCAUCAGCACUGCCACUACCGCCUCCACCCCCUCCUCCUACUCCACCAAUCCCCCAUCAUUUACAUCAAACUCCCUCACAGCAAAGGACUGUUCUUGCAGUAUCUCUUUGGAUGAUGAAAGAAAUAUGGUAA